UGUAACGUUAAUAGUUGUCACUCUACUAAUUGUACUCUAACCGCAUCGACUUCUUUCAUGCGUUUCAUAUGUUGUAUGAAGUUAUUUAAAUAUUGCUUAACUCAGGUGUAUAUAAACUAGUGGGGGAUUCGUUUUUUUAAUUAAAGUAAUUUUAACAUUAAUUCUGUAAACAUUUAUCUGGCUCUUAACGAUCGAAAUUCCAUUUACGCAAUAUAAUAAAAAUAAAUAAGUAAAAUUUAAAAUGUCUUCAAAGAUUUUAAAUAUCGUCAUAUGUUUUAUCGUUAUCGUUACCGAAUCGAUUUUAUGCACGGAGCUGAAAGAGGAGCAUGAUUACGGCCCGGUGGUUUACGAUUUUGAAUACUCUGUCCGUGAUCCUCACACCGGAGAUAUUAAAAGUCAAAAAGAGUCACGCAAAGAUGAUAAAGUUGAAGGCAGCUACGAAUUAAUUGACUCUGAUGGAUAUCGACGCUUGGUGACUUAUAAGGCUGAUGAUCAUAACGGAUUCGAGGCAAUUGUUUCACGUGAACCCACCGAUAUUAAAAUCCCUUUGCCGGCACCGCAACCCGAACAUAAAUUAUUAGUCCAACCAAAAGUGAACUAUUUCGCUAGUCCAAAAUUUUUGCAGCCAUAUCCUUUAGUCCAUUUCGGUCAUCGUGGAACAUAUUUAAGUGUUGACAAAUCCCUUCAAGCUCCAGCUCACGCCCCACUUCCAGUUCCAGUUCCAGUUCCAGUUUCAAUUCCAGUUCCAGUUCCAGUUGCAGCAUCAGUUCCAGUUUCUAAUCAUAUUUCAUCGUUACCGCAAGAAUCUGCUCCGGCUCCUGGUCAUGACUAUGGUAAUUAUGUUGAGUUUUCGGCGCCCUCUGUCAGCUAUAAAUAUUAA